AUGUUUUUUUUUAAAGGUAGCGUAGACAAUGAUAACGAAGAGGAAUCAAUUGAUCUUUUAAUUUCUAGAUUAGAACAUAGUGAGUACUUAGAAGACAAGUAUGAUGCUUUAGAAGAAUUAGAAAAGCUUUCUGCAAAGAAUAUAAUAGAAGUGGGAACACAUGGUUUACAACCCAUUAUUUUCUCUACAAAUGAAUUGUCUGAUAUUUCUUGCCAAUUUAGAAUAUUAGCCUCAAUAUUUACGUCUGAAUACAGUGACGAAUUUAUUGCGCUUUUGUUAAAAAAUCAAGAAUUAAUAGAAAUAUUAAUGAAUAACAGACAUAAAGAUUCCACUGGUUUUUUUAAUUUACUAUUAAUUCUUACUUUAAAUUUGGAUUUUUGUAAAACAUUUGUAAAAAUAAAAGAUGCUUCUCAUUACAGUGUUAAUUUAAUAGAUAAGAAUAAUAUUGAUAUUAUUAAAAGAUUAAUUAAAAUUGAUAAUAAUUUUGAUAAAGAAAUAGUAUUUGAUAGUAUUUUCGAGAAGUUAAUAAAUGGUGUACCAAAUAAUAGUAGUUUUGUUAAUUUAAUACUAGAACUUUUAGAAAAUAAUCAUUUUAAUCAAAAUUACUUUGUAGAAACUGAUUGGUAUAAAAUGCUAACAUGUGGUUAUUUUAACAUUCUGAAUAUUCUUAUAGAUAACACUAAUAAUAAUAUAGAAUAUAUAAAAGACAAUAUAUAUAGAUAUUACUCUUUUGAUAAAGCACUUAAAGAUAAGAAUUAUGAAUAUAUUUAUAAAAUGAUAUAUAAAUCUAGAAGCUACCGCAAAAUCCUAUCAGAAAUAUUUUAUAGUGAAACAUAUGAGGAUAUUUUUACUGUUAAUUUUGAAGACAAUAUUGAGCAUAAUGAAGAAGUUAAUGAGUUUAUUUUGCUAACAUACUAUUUUAUGCAUAAAAAAAUUUUGAAAUUUCAACCAACUGGUUUUGUUUAUUUAAUCUAUUCUGAGCUUUUAUGGGACCUUAAAAGUAUUCCAAAAAUACUUAUAUCCCAAUCAAAAUAUAAAUGUAUAGUAGAACAGAUUUACUAUUCUAGCCAUUCUGUUUCUAGACUUUUAUUAUUAUAUGUUUUUAGAAAUAUUGAAUUUAAUCUAGAAUUAUCUUUGAUAGAUUUUAAUUUGCAAACCAGUAUUUAUCAUUUAAUUAUGGCUGACACCAAUUAUGUUUUAGAGCAUCUAUCAUUUUUUAAAGAAAAAAUUUAUGAUCAAAAUGAAAACGUUUUGCUUAAAAAAAUAUGUAUUUUGCUGUGUUGUAUUCACGAAAUAAAGAUUAAUUUUAAUAAAGCAUAUAUUAUAGAGAAUGCAAAGUAUAUAAGAAAAUUUCUUAUAAAUUUAAGCUUAGAUUCAGAUUUUUAUUUGAUUGAUGAAGCUUUAAUUUUAAUAAUUGAUAAAAUUAAUGAACUUAUAAAUUUAUACAAUAAUAAUUUAAUAUAA